AGUGUCGUCCUUUUGCCUGGAAGUGUUGAGGAUUCUUGACAGCGAGAAAGGAAAGAGAGAACACCUCUUUAGUCCAGGAAGACGACGAAAGGCGCUGAGGAAUUAUAUUUUUGACAUUAGAAGGAAUUUUUUCGGCCGACAACCGCCGGAGAUUUCGACGCAGCGACAAGAAGGUAUCCCACAGGAUUAAAUUCAUCGAACCUGGAUUGCAUGACGCGUCGUCUGUGCAUGAUGGUGUGUGCCUGUGAGGUUUUAUGAUGAUAAUGGAAACUGGCAAAAGAAAUUGGAAAACACAGAAACGGCCAGAAAGAAUUUUAGCUCAUUAGUUUUUGCUAAAAAUCGGAAACCAAUUAAAAGAACAUUUAAUUAUACUUCUUAUCCAGACAAGAUUGUUAAGCUUUAAAUAAUAACAACAACGGUAAAAAAAGUCGAUAAUACCAGUAAAUGAAAAAUGAAAAGAGUUGUGCCAUUUCGAGAAAAUUGUGUAUAAGAUUCGAGUGCCAAAUAAAGUAAAUAAAUAAAAGAAAAAAAAGGAAAAAAUACAGAAUUUCCUUUUAUUCUGUAUCAAAGAGGGAAGCGAGUGGCUGAGGAAGGAAGGACUAUCCGUUACUUACCCCACUUUACCUGAAGAACAGAAGAAAAAUACAAAAUGCCAAACAGAAGAGAAUGGUCAAUACAAAGAACACUUGGAGCGUGGACGUGUUGGGUGGCAGCGACCCUAUGGCAUCACGCGUGCCCCUCGGCGGCCCUGGGUGCCCCUCUCCUGGGCCCUGACGUCAUGAGCUUCGACUCACUCCCACCCCUGACGCUGUGGCACUCGCCGGUCCUGCCCGCGGUGCCCCUGCAAGCGGGCCUUCCUGCUCCCAAGGGCACAGUCUUCGACGGGCCGGACCCGGGGCUCAACGCGGCUAUCAUCACCGUACCCACGGAGUCAUGCCCGAGCGGGUAUCGUCGCGACUUCAACGGAGUUUGUCGACUCAAGUUCGGGUACGGUCCCAACCCCUUCUACUCCUUCACUCCAGAGAACUUCAAGGGGGACGUGCAGUUCUAUAUGGGUCUCCAGGUCGGUGGGCCGCAGCCGGGCAGGAGACGGGGCCGGGGGCGAGGGCGGCCGCGUCCCACCGCCAUCUCGCCGCCCUUCCUCGCCAAGCCCGUGGAUGACGACGACGACUAAGGGCGUCUGGCAUAAGGAGAUUUUUCCGUCUAUUUUUUUUAUAGGUUUUAAUUUGUUUUUGAUAGAGGUGAAAUCGCGAACAUUUUUUUUCGUAUUUCUUUUACGCUGGCUUGUAAGGAUGUUCCGGAGCUUAUGCUGGUUUUCCGACGGUGAAAAAAAGGGAGCCUAGUAAAGAAGGAAGGAGAAUAAACAAGAAAGAAGCCGACAGAUGGCGCUGGUAACACCAAGCCACCAAUAGCAAUGAAUAUGAGAAAGAUCGGUCAUAUUCAGAGAGACCUUCGCUCAUAUUCAGAGACACUCGUGACACCUGAAACGGUCUCAAAAGGGUCUCUGGCUCUGAGCGGUGUGAUUCACGCCAUCUGUGGGUGACUGACACAACUGAUUUUGAUAACACGAGGAUACCAGUGCAAAACGUUUACAUUUCUUACGCUACAUUUUCUGAAGUAGAUCUGCCCUAUUGCUUAUUUCGUUCUAUUUUCCCGUCAAACUUUUUCAUCCCUAAAAACGUUCGCUUUUCAGUUUAAUUAUCCUCCUUGUGCACUAUUUAAUACUACUCUUGUGGUAUUAAAAUGGCAGUGCAGAGAAAAGUGAUGCAUUUAUACUAUAGUAUAAUUUAUUAAUCUGGCUACUGUUAGAUGUAUUGGGGAAUUGUACAGUAGAUAAGUUUUCAUAAGAAUGAAAUACACGCAGAUGCAUUUUAGUAUUAGAACUGUGAUAUGGUAAAAGAAAACUGGGCAUUAUUUUUAAGCACAGUUGACCAUGAUGAACCCAAGUCCGCUGUUUAAAAAAAGAUCAGUAUUUUUGUAAUCUUUUAGUGUGCCAAGAGUAACUAAGUGUGAUACAGCAAGUGAGAUCUGAAUCCUAACCAUAGACUGGAAUAUGGAAAUUCAUCUCGCCCUGUAUAAAUCUUCACUUAUUUCAUCAUUCAUAUUUUUUAGUGUAAUAAAAAUGCAUUAUAAUCAUAGUCAUUACAACAUGUUUGGAAAGUUAUGUUAAAAACCUGUCGCAGACCAUUUCCGUAUAUGAUAGAUAUGCAAAUCUAUGGUGAUUAUUGCAAGUAGAUAUUUUUAGUUGUACAUAUAUUUAAAAAAAGAAGAAAAAAAACUCGAGAAAAAAAUAAUACCAGCAAUAAGUGUCCGCUUUUACCUAUGUCUGGGGUUUUCUCUUGUACCGUGUUGGACGUGUGAUAAAAUAUAAGUAACCGCACUGACAGUUGUUAUUACAUUUUCAUUUUCUUGUCCUCAGGUU